AUGACGGGCGCCCAAUUCCAAGAGGCAGUCAAAGCCUCCCGCCAACUCAAGGCGAAGCCAUCCAACGACGAGCUGCUCGAGCUGUACGCCCUCUUCAAAGUCGCCAACGGCGAGGACAUCUCCAAGUCCACCGCACCCGGCAUGUUCGAUCUGAGUACGUUACACCCCUCCACUCACACCUCUCCUCCAUCCCUCACCGGCAACAAGCCCACUGACACCAGAGCAGAGGGCAAAGCCAAGCAAAAGGCCUGGCAAAAGGAAGUCGACGCCAAAACCACACCCGCCGACGCCGAGAAGCGCUACGUGGCUCUGGUAGAGCAGCUGAAGAAAACGCACGGGUAUGAUCCGAGCAAGCCGGCGGAGGCUGUCGGUGGUUCUUGA